AUGGAGAGUUCUGUCUUAGUCAGUCCGUCCCAGCGCUUUCACAAACUAGCCAAGGACAUUAACAAAUUCGUUGCUUUUUUGGGAGUGGACAUAUUGGCGUCAUGUUUGAAGUUUAACUAUCGAACCUGGACCACUUUUUUUGUAGGUGGCAACUUUAUGGUCUUCACCAUAUUCUCCAUUUUCAAUAAUGGUGGUGACUUGGAGAAAAACUUAAAGGCCACCUCGAUGAUAGGAGGCCUGAUACAUGGGCUCGGAAAGCUCCUGACCUGUAUCUUGAAACAGCAGGACAUGCGGAGACUCACAUUCUUCACAAGAGGCAUAUACGAGGAGUACGAGAAUAGGGGAUGUCACUACCGCACAGUCCUGCACAAGAACAUCACUCGGUUGCUUGGCCUCAUACGAAUAAUUCGCAAUGGUUAUUUCGUUACCAUUUUCAUAAUGAUGUCCCUGCCGCUGGCCAUGUUGAUGUACGAUGGAACCCGGGUCACCGCUAUGCAGUUCGACAUUCCUGGCCUUUCACUGGAAAGUAAUAUUGGCUUCACAGCCACCUACCUGAUUCACUUGCUUUCAAUGGUCGUUGGCGGCGUAGGAUUUUAUGGGGGAGACUUGUUUGUCUUUCUCGGAUUAACCCAGAUCAUAACAUUCGCCGAUAUGUUGCAGCUCAAGAUAGACGAGCUAAACGAAGCCCUGGAACUCAAAGCAAUAUCCAGAGAGCUAUCAGCCGUGGGCGUUCAGAUUGGAGGGGAAAAAUAUCGACUACAACUUUUAUUGGAUGUUAUCAAGUGGCAUCAACUCUUUACGAACUACUGCAGCACAGUGAACGCCAUAUAUCAUGAGCUGAUCGACACUCAGGUCAUAGCCAUGGCCUUGUCAAUGUUGCUCAGUUUUUGCCUUAAUUUAUCUGGCUUUAACCUCUCGCUGGUCGUCUUCUUUGUGGUAGCAGCGUACAGCAUGUCCGUCUAUUGCUUUCAGGGCACUAUCAUUGAAUUUGGAUAUGACAAGGUGUACGAGAGCAUCUGCAAUGUGGCCUGGUACGAGUUGGGUGUCAACGAACGGAAGCUUUUUGGCCUAAUGCUGCGGGAGUCUCAGCAUCCGCAUACUAUUCAGAUCCUUGGAAUAAUGUCGCUUUCUAUGAGAACAGCUCUACAGAUUGCAAAGCUAAUUUACAGCGUUUCAAUGAUGAUGAUGAAUCGUUCAUAA